AUGGAGAACACGACGCUAACGUUCACCCUGACUGCAUUUGCCUCUCUGCAGAAAUACAAGCACGUGUGGUUUCUUUUUUUCUUCACGCUUUAUGUUACUGCCAUGUUCCUUAAUUUACUCUUGGUCAGCGUUAUUCACCAAAACAAUCAGUUGCAUCAACCUAUGAAUAUUUUUGCAUGUAUAUUAUGUAUCAACGAGCUCUGCGUCUGCACCGCGUUACUGAUUCCGGUGAUGAUCUUCCUCCUGUCAAAGACGUACGAGAUCAGCGUCAACUGGUGCAUUACUCAGCUUUUCUUCCUGCACUCGUAUGUGACUUCUGAGUUUACGAUACUCGCUCUUAUGGGUUACGACCGCUAUGUCGCCAUCUGUUACCCGCUCCACUAUCACGCCAUUAUGACCCAGUCAAAGGUCAACAAACUGGUUGCAUUUCUGGGGUUCUAUCCAUUCAUUCCAUUUGCAUGUUUUUACUCUGCCACUCUGCAGCUGGAUUUUUGUGGCAAAGAGAUAGUAAAGAUGUACUGUGUCAAUAUCCAACUUCUCAAAAACGCAUGUUCAGUUCCAUCCUAUGUGGAUAUUUUGGGCCUUGCGCUUGUACCCGUGAUGAACGGCCCUCAGCUGAUCAUGAUUUUCUACUCCUAUGUUCAAAUAUUAAGAGUUACAAAUAAAGUAUCAAAACAAUGUCAAGUUAAUGCUCUUAAGACGUGCUUACCGCAUUUAUGUUCCAUUUGCAAUUUUAGCAUAGCCGCCUUUUUUGAAAUUGCCCAGAACAGGAUCGAUAUGAGUCAUGUUGCGAUCGAAGCACGGCUCUUCUUGUCAAUGUAUUUUGCUGUCAUUCCGCCUGUCGCCAACCCGCUGCUGUACGGACUCGGGACAUCUCAUGUUCGAGUUCAGAUUAUAAAACUGUGCAUUAAAUACAAGAUCCUGCCAUCAAAGAAAGCAAAGAAGGUCAUUCCAACUGAGACUUUGACUUCUAACAAGAACUGUGUAUGUUAA